GGGACAGUCCGGCCCGACGGGGCCACCUGGAGGCUCCUUCCUCCCCCUCCUCUUCCUCCUGUGUGGGUUACGAGAAGAUCGGCAUCAACCCUGUUAUCCAAUCCAAUGGACAGAGUACAACGGGGAACCUGUGACCCAGAAACGGAACACCAGCAUGACGAUCACUGCUGCUUGGACUGCCCACCAGGGACCCACGUCCUCAACCAUUGUGCCAUCCCCCACACCAUCGGCAGCUGUCAGGCAUGCCCCCUUGGAGAAUAUGCCCUCAAAAGUCCACUGGAAACCUGCAUGCAGUGUGCCCAGUGCAGAGAAGACCAAGAGAUGGUGAGUCCCUGCAUUGGGAGUACCAACACCAAGUGCCAGUGUAAAAAGGGAUACUACUGUGAGGCACCCGACUGUGAGAUGUGUCAGCGCUGCACAGAGAGGUGUCCAGAAGGAAUGGAGGUUCUUCAACGAUGUAACGUGACAGCAGACACACGGUGUGGGAUUCCUGGAACAGGAGGCCCACAGGAUUGGAACUGGACGCCUGUGCUUUGGGUUUGCAUUCCCAUUGUCUUCAUUCUCCCUGUCCUGGGUGUGAUUUGCUAUGGACUCUGGAAGAAGAAUCAGAGAAGGUCACUUGGCAUGGAUGAUGGACGGGCAAGUCAAGAUCUCCAAUCUGUGUCGCUGUGGUCAAGCGAAAACUAACUGGAGCUAAGUUGUCUUAGCUCCUGCUGAGAAGAGGCCCCUGAAAACUUGGGCACCUCUCUACCUCGUGGUCCAAGAUUCCUAUCUCCUCCCCCACCCCACCUCUGACAGAUACACAGUUUGGGCCAAUGGUCUCCUAUUCCUUCCUGCCCCAUCCUGGGGGUAGGACAAGUCCCAAAGUGGCUGGAGACCACUUUUCUUGUGGUGGCAGCAAGGGGCCACAUCUGAUUUGGGUUGGGGCCCAGCUGUCAGACUAGAGGGCUUUUGACCUCUGCUAACUCCAUACUCUUUGCCUCUAGCUUUAUCCAGGGUGGUUCCAGGGGUCCUUAGCUCAGGAUGCCAAAAGAGGAAAGAGCAGGCCCUGUCCCAAAUGGCAGCUGGCUUCGGGAUGGGCUCAUGGAAUCUGCCUGGAUACCUGUUAGUCACUGGGCUUGGUUCGUUUUUUAGGAGAGGUGGUGAUCAUGAGGUCAUGAGAAUGGUUGUUUCUUU